AUGGAAAACGAAGAACUUAUAAAGCAAUACAUCACUGCACUUGAUGCUUCUCUUGAUGAUUUAGAACCAGCUAUCAAAGAAUUAAGUGCUAAAUCAUUUGAAGAUCGUAUUAAUGAAACUUCUGAUGAACAUGAAAGAAUUAAAAUUGCAAAUGGUUAUGCUUAUAUACUGACAUCUUUAUCAUUUGUUGAUACUGCAGCUGCUAAACGUUUCAUUGAAGCUGCUUUAAAUAAUGGUACAGGUAAUUCAACAGUGAUAACAGGAACUCCAGAACCUGCAAUUAGUUCAGCUUCAUUCCAAGGUAAACAUACAAAAUUUCAACAAUCUGAUAAUGAUUCUGAUGAAAAAAAUAAUAAAGAUAAUAAUGAUAAAAUAAGGAAUAAACAAAAUAAAAAAAUUGGUAAUAAUGAUAAAGUUAAGAAACCAAAAAAGGAUAAAAAAAAAUCAACAAAAUGA